CAACAUCAACACAAAGUUCUUUGCUGGAACAGAAGAUGGAGAGCUGAUCUACACAGACUGGAAAAUGGAGAAAGAUGGUGACACCGGGAAAUUAAUUAGCUCCAAGCCCUUGCAGGCAUAUAGCGUACAUGAUGGCGCAGUGGACACAGUGCAACGGUCUCCAUUCAUUCAGGACAUUGUUCUCACAGUCGGAGGAUGGAGUUUGGCGAUCUGGAAAGAAGGCGUAAAUAGUGGUCCUAUUCUGCAGUCCUCCUGCUUGCAGAGGAGAUACACAGCGGCCCACUGGUCUCUGUCGAGAGCUGGACUUUUCUUUGUUGGCACAGAAGAUGGCAAUGUUGACAUCUGGGAUCUUUUGGAGAAAACCCAUGAACCGUGCCAGACACAGAACAUAUCUACAGCUAUGAUUACAUCCAUUAAGCCAUGGAUUGUCUCUGCCAAGCAGCAUUUCCUGGCUGUCGGUGAUGACCUCGGGACUCUACACAUAUUAGAAAUCCCAUGGACUCUGCACCAUCCCUCUGCCAAUGAGAUUUCCACCAUCCAAAGUUACUGUGAUCGAGAAGUCAAACACCUCGAAUACUCAGAGCAGCGAAAAGAGGGAAGGAAACUCGUAAAGACACCAGUGGAAGUGUCUCCAGCCAGCAAGCUCAAUGUAACAAUCCCACAUGUAACACCCAAGGAGCAGAUUGAAGAGGAAUCCAGACGGCAAUACGCAGCUUAUUUGGAAACUGAAAACACCGUCCUGACUGCUAUUGGAUAGAUCAGUGAAGAUAAAAACAAGCCGGCGUAAUUCUGUGCAAAAUGUACACAAAGUAUCAGCAAAUCCGAGACAAAUUUACCAUGCGGUGCCUAACAAUAACUCUUAGCCAUACUGAACUGUUAAAGCAAUUCCUGGAUUUUGAGAUAAAUUUAUUCAAAACUUUACAAAUGUACUUUGAGGGACAGGGUCUGUAUCUUUCAUUAGAGGUGAUUUACAUGUCCUGCAGCAUGGUGCAAUAAUAUAGAUAUAAUAAACGUAGUUAUUAAGUAAAUUUAUUCUUUCAGCAAACCUAAAAA